GCGCUGUCAGUCUGGGCGCUGCCGCUCGGCAGCAUGGAGGCAGCGCGGGACGGGAAGGCGGGCAGCGGCUCCAACGGCCAUGCCGAGGGCCCGGCGGCGGAGCGCGGCCCGGGGCGCCUGCGGGGCUGCCGCGGCUUCCUGCGCCGCAACGCGCUGGUGCUGCUCACCGUGUCCGGCGUGGCGGCCGGCGUGGCGCUGGGGACCGCGGUGCGCGGAGCGGGGCUGAGCCCGGCGCAGGUGGCCUACCUGGCCUUCCCCGGGGAGCUGCUGCUGCGGAUGCUGCGCAUGGUGAUCCUGCCGCUCGUGGUCUGCAGCCUGGUGUCGGGAGCCGCCAGCCUGGACACCCGCUCGCUCGGCCGCCUGGGAGGCAUCGCCGUCGCUUAUUUCCUAGGGACCACGCUGCUGGCGUCCGGCCUCGCCGUCGCGCUCGGCUUCAUCAUCCGUCCCGGCGCCGGAGCCGCCGGCCUUAACGCCCCCAGCCUGACGGGCGCCGUGCCCACCAGCAAGGAGACGGUGGACUCCUUCCUCGACCUCAUCAGAAACCUGUUCCCUGCAAAUCUUGUUGCUGCAGCUUUCCAAACGUAUGCGACAGACUACAGGAUGCUGUCCAGAAACACUACCUCUGGAAAUGUCACAUGGGAAAAGAUCCCUGUUGGUACUGAGGUCGAAGGGAUGAAUAUCCUGGGACUGGUGCUGUUUGCUCUGGUUUUAGGAGUAGCACUGAAAAAGCUUGGCCAGGAAGGAGAAGAUCUGAUUCGCUUCUUUAAUUCAUUCAAUGAGGCAACUAUGGUCGUGGUUUCCUGGAUUAUGUGGUACGUACCUAUUGGCAUCAUGUUCCUUAUUGGGAGCAAGAUUGUUGAAAUGGAAGAUAUUGUGGUUCUGGUGACCAGUUUGGGAAAAUACAUCUUUGCCUCUAUUCUGGGCCACUUCAUCCAUGGAGGAAUCAUUCUGCCACUUAUUUAUUUUGCAUCCACACGUCAAAAUCCGUACCGUUUUCUCUUGGGACUUAUCACACCAUUUGCCACUGCUUUUGCCACUUGCUCCAGCUCAGCCACUCUCCCGUCAAUGAUCAAAUGUAUUGAGGAGAACAAUGGAGUUGACAAGAGGAUCAGCAGGUUUAUCCUUCCUAUCGGGGCGACUGUAAACAUGGAUGGAGCUGCUAUCUUCCAGUGCAUGGCAACUGUGUUUAUUGCUCAGCUGAACAACGUGGACCUCAACGCUGGGCAAAUCUUCACAAUUCUUGUGACAGCUACUGCAUCCAGCGUGGGCGCAGCCGGGAUCCCAGCCGGAGGAGUCCUCACCAUCGCCAUCAUCUUGGAGGCCAUUGGACUUCCAACCAACGAUCUUUCCUUGAUAUUAGCGGUGGACUGGAUUGUGGACCGAACCACCACAGUUGUGAAUGUGGAAGGGGAUGCCCUGGGAGCAGGCAUCCUCAAUUACCUGAAUGAAAAGGAAAAGAAAGACAAAGAGCAGGAGCUAAAGGAAGUCAACGUAGAAGCAGUUGCUAACAGCAAGUCUGAAGCGGAAACAUCGCCGUUGGUAACCCACAAAAACCAAGUCUCCAACACGAGCAGUACAGCAGACCCUGAAUCCAAGGAAUCAGUAUUGUGAUGAGGCUGUUCGUCAACACGUGUCCUAGAGGUGGACCAGGGACUUGCUAACGCACCUAGACCUUUGCAGUGCUAACAAGGGCUGGAUGGCUCUUGAAAGCUUUCAGUUCCAGUCUGUUUUGGGAUAUGCUGGCCUAGGGAAGGAGAGGGAGGUGGGGUGGGCAGAGCAGGGGUGUUGAGAAAGAACACUCCCUUUAUAGUAGUAUUUUGAUAAUUCAUGUGUGUACAUGUGUAUGUGCUGCACACGCACACACAUAUACAUGUACGUGGAAACUGCCAUUGAAACUUCUGGUUUAACAAGGCUUCUGUUAGUAAAGGCACAUGUGGGUUGGAGGUGGGGAAGUAGACAAACCCAGUAUGUGCUUGUGAUAGGGAAAAAUUAGUAAGCUUAUUGUGCUGCUGUUCGAAUGGAGAUGCAGGCUAGAAACUCCAGAGUGGGGGAAAAUGUUGCUUGAACUUAGUUUCUGGCCUGGAAACACAUAUUGACCGUUACAGACAUGAUAUGAAGCAACAUUUUUCACCUACUCCUCUUCCUCUCCUCUUCUCCAAUCCCUUAAAAAUGUCAAAUAUGUCCUGAAAAAUAGCUUUGUUUUUUUUUCCAUAUCUGAAUUAAUAGCUUGUUCCAUCCCUCCCCCCUGCAGUGCAGCUCAUAGCAGCUUUUCUGCCUUUUGGUAAGUCACUCCCAAACUUUGGGACCAAACAUAGGAGAUCUUCAUGCAGAUCAAGGACUGGUCUUCUCCUUUCCUUUAACCAAGCUGUUAAGGAAAAAAAUCCAGAGGAAACACAAAUUUUGUUAAAGUAAUCCUUCGGGAGCUGAAGAAAAUGCAGAGUCUGUUCCAGCAUAAAUAGGUCUGAAAGAAGCUUGCCUGUGACAGCAUCAAGAGAUCAAGAAGUCAGUUCCCUUCAUGCAAACUCCUUUGCUAGCACGCUAUGUGCUACUCCUGUUUAUUUAAUGGGCCAGUCCAAACAAGUUACGUCAUAUCCCUCUUCCAGCAAAAUUGAACAGGGGAGGAAAAAAUCUGAGCACACAUCAUGUGGGAACUGGCGACAGGCAGGUCUGAGUGGUGGCUGGAAAGGGGAAGAGGCGGGUUUAUAACACCAUGUAGGUCAGUGAUGUGUGUGUUGGGGCAGCUGCGUACCUGUUCCUGGAGUCUGGUCCUUCUAUAAAUGUUUUUCUGGCAGCAGCUUAACGUUUAGUGCUUGUGGGUGGUGCCGGGCCAGGGUAACACGUAGUGGCAGAUGGUAACCAUUGCUUGAGGCUGAGCAAAACGCUUCUGGAUUCUGACUCCAUCUUUUUCCCUUUACAACCUACUUCCUGAAUUUGCACCCCGAACCUGAACCCAGUCCAGCAGAACUCAUUGCAAAACUCCCAUUGAUUUAUCUGGGCUUUUUGGACAGCACAUAGUUAUGAAAUGAUAUCUGUGCAUAUGCCAAGAUCUGCCUGGACUUGCGACACUUCCCCUUGGCUACUUUAGCAAGAUGACUGCGUAUAGUCAGUCUCCACACUGUUAAUUCAGCAAUAUACAUUUACACUUAGCUUUGAUAUAAAGUAAUGCUGAGUCUCCCUUUUUUCUUUCUCCUGUCUUGCUUCAGAGGAAGCUAUCUUGGAAGGAUACCCAGCUGCUGAUGCGUAUGGUCACGGCACUAGGAAAAGGCACCUUCAGUUUCAUGCGCUUAAGUUGCAAAGCAUCCUUCCUGGUAAAGGCACACAAUGAGCAUUGCAAAAAAGAUGCUCAGAGUGAGAUGUGGCUGCCUCUGAGGGAAAACACAGUGAGUGCAUCAAACGUGGCUCUUUAAUCAUGUGCAGAAGGGCUGCACAAACAAUUGAAGUAGGAAAGCAUUAGUCAGCCCACUGAGCAGCUGCAGGUGGACUUUCUUUUUAACCAGCUUAUUUAUAGCCAUGUCCACAAAAUUUGGUCAUUCCUUGUCUCAUCUUCAGAAUGGAAGGAGACAAACACAAUUUUCUCUAGGGACAUCUUUUGCCCAGUAUUUAUUAUUCCAUUUUUAGCAGAUCAAGACUUGCUGAAACUUUGCAUUUCCUCCCAUUAGAUUCGUCCCAACUCCUUUCAACUCAGGAAACCAAAAGCGCGCUUUGUAGCUGACAGUGAAAGUCAACAAAUAAGAAGUGUUUUGAAAAAUGUUGGAGGUUUGAAAAAAUGUGUCUCAAAAACCUUAUUUAAAAAAAAAAACAAACAAACACAAGUAUUUAUUUGAAAAAUCUGAAUUCACCAGAACCCCAAAUACUUUGAUUUUAAAGUAAUAUGUGUCUGUCUCAAGGAAGCUGAAAAACAAGACUGUUCCUUGUGGGCUGGGUUCUGUAGUUGCAUUUCAUCGCCCAUCAGACAGCUUAGCUCCUGUGAUGUUCUCCCUCACCAUGACACAUGCAGCUGGGAUGAGGACGUGAGAGCAGGCAGCACUCUCACGACAUUUCCCAUGGAGCAUCACAGCACCAUUGUAGACUAGAAUAUUUCCCAAGUUUUACUUUUUUUAACCCAAAGGCUGUUACUGCUCACAGUUAAAAGUACUCUCCUGGACAAGUCCAAAGGCUGGGCUUCCUCAAAGGCAGCACCUUCCCAUUGCUUUCUUCCUUGUGGUGAUGCAGCUUGAUUGCACCUCCCUUGUAAUAGUGUGCCAUAGGCUGCAGCACAUUCCUUCAUCAUAGAAUCAUCAUGGAAUGGUUUGGGUUGGAAAGGACUUUAUGAUCAUCUAGUUCCAACCCCCUGCCAUGGGCAGGGACACCUCACACUAGACCAUGUUGCCCAUGUCCUUCUGACAGCAGAUCCCAGGAAAUGGUAAAUUAAGGCCAAUACUUAAGAGCUGUCAUAGUAUUUUCCAGUAUGCAGAAUCUCAGUCUUUGCUGAAGGAUGCCUCUCCCAGUCCCUCCUAGUGGAUUGCUACAUUUGCUACAUUCCAUUUGGAAUGGCUAGUCCCAUGUAAAGCUUGUUAGAGCAGUCAGAUUUAAAGAGGUCAAAUCAUUCUCAUAGCAAGAUUUUAACCAAGGAAACCUAACACUCCUCCUGGAAACAGGUGCUGUGGGGUUUAUAUGAAUCACUAGUAUUUGGGUUUUAACCAGAAAUCUGUAAUCUUACAGAAGCCACACUUUAGACUUACAGAGAUGCCAGUUCUGUUGUUCUUGCACAGCAAGAGGGAUCUAUGGAAGCAGGAAUGUGGGGUAGCUACUGCUUGUCAAAAGAUUGUCUUUUCUUUGUCAGCUGUGUCAGAAAUGGCAUUUCUGAUGCCAUCUCUGAUGUUCCCAUUCCUCAUGAUAGCCAUCCCGCAUCUCCUAGGGCUCUCCACCUGGCUUCACAUUGUUUUUUCUUAAGGUACAAAUGUGAAAUAUCCAACAUUACACUCCAUUGGACUGUAAGAUAUUUGACACAUUCCAGGAACUGCCCUUGUAACGAUGUGAAUCCUGAUCGACAGCCCGAUGAGACAGAAGACUUGCCAUGUGCUCCAAGUGGUCCAGGUCUUCAGGUAAGGCCACUGGGAGAGAACUGAAAGGGCUGUUGAAGGGGGUGCAUUUCGGGUGCUGUCCUGUACCUGCAGUGCAAUGUGUUAUACUGGGAACUUCCUAUUUCAGCCUCACUCCAGAGGCUGAGCUCAGAAGGUGCUCAGCAGCGGUGCAGGUACAGCCGGUGGUACCUGCUCUGCUCUCACCCAGGCACUCCAGAGCCUGGUGCCGCUGUGGUACUUCACUCCAAUGCCUCUGGACCAGAUGUGUGUUUUAUGUCCUCCCAACGUGACUGUACAGUGGAAGCCUUUAGCCAGUUGCUUCUUCUUUCAAGAGGAAAUAAAUUCCGUCGAGAAAACACUAAUUUUUUCUUUCUGGUUUUAGUCUCUUUCUUUAAGGUACAAAUUCUCUCCUUAGGAAAGCAGACAAACAGCUGGGGUCCUGCCCUCUAGUACAGCAGUUGCUUUUGGAGGGAAAGAUACAGGAAUACGGAAGAGACGAGUCUGCAAGCCUUUGGCAUAUGCACUCCCAUUUUGUCUCUGAUGCCGUUUAUUCUUCCACUUCUACCUUCUGUUUUUCAGUGAAGUUUAUUUGACUGUUUUGGACCAUCUUUUAUUUAUUUUUCUCCAGGAUUGGCUUUCCACUCCAUGCUUUAUCCAUCACUGCCUGGAAUUCCACUUCCUGGAAUGCCCGAUGCUGGUUUUAUGUAUAGGAUGCUCAGGUAUAAAUGGGAGAGUGUUGAGGGCUCCAGCUUGUCCUUGGAAAAGUAGUUCACAUUCUGCCUUGCUAUGAUGUGCUUGGUAUUUCAGUAAAGACCCAUUAUUCCUAGGAACCAAACUUCAGCUGGGUCUCGCUGGUGUGUUGGUGAUUACACUACAAGAGGCAGUAAUUACAAAGGGCAUUAAACCCUUCUGGGGGCGUCUUGUGCAGUCGGGGUGGGUUUUGUGGUGAGAACAGUCUAGGGCCAAACCCAGAGCUUCCCCUGCAGGGGUGUGCCCUUUGGACAUGACAGAAACGUGGAGCCAGCCGAAGUGCCACAUGGGCUGGUGAAAUAACCUCUGCUUUGUCUUUUCCAGGCAGCCCUGUUACUGCCUGAAGAGGUUGGAGGGACAGUAUGGGGGCAGGAAGGUUUCAUAUGUACUUGCUCUGUUCCUGUGCUCUUCCCUGGGUACUUGCUGUGGCCAGGGCCAGAGAUGGACAUGAAUUAGUGUCACCAUUCUUAGACUCAUUCUGCUGUGGUUCCUCUGUAUUUUACAGCAAGAACACAGAUGUUUAGGCAGUUCCUCUUUCAGCUGAGUCAAAGACCCUGGUAUCUUUGUGACUGGCCACCCUGCCGUAUGUUAUAGGUUAUGUCCUCGAGUGCUUUUAAAAGGUACAAACCCACCUCCUCUUUCUGCAGAGAUUUGCAGUCCCCAGUCCUGACUCUUCACUCUGCUCCUUUGCUAGCACAGCACAUUUCACCAGCCUCUGGAAAGCACCUCCUGUUGGGAAUCAUCAUUUUUAAUCCUCAGCCUUCCACAGGCAGUGAGCAAUGGGCCUCAGGUAGGAAGUCCAAGGACCAAAAGACAAGCUGUUGAGUUUACAGAUACUUUACCUGUGUCUCACAGGCAGUAGUGUGGAGGAUAGCGAGUUGCAGUGUUUGGAGAGCACUCCUAAGACAGAGAGCACUAAAUCUUAAAUAAUAAUGAGCUUUCCAACACUCUGAAGGGAAUCAAACAGCUACAGUGUGCACCAUGAAGUCAGGAUUGCAUUGUGCUACAGUAUGAAGGACUGAUGGAAAGGAGAUCUAGUGUAUGCAUUUGCUGGGCUAACUCAGGGGAAGCAGGGGAGCUAGUGUCAGUGUGAACUGCAUUUCAAAAGGCAGAUGUGAUUUAGUCAAGGGGGCACAGUGCCCUGUAUAUCUGCCUCUUUCCAUCUUCACCUGGCAUGCCAUCAAAGCACACGUUCAGGUAAAUUAACAGACCUCACCAUGAAUUCAACAUUAAUUAGGAGCCUUGACAGCUUAGUUUCUGUCUAGUUUCAGUGGGAGAAAGUGCUUUUCAGCUGAAAGAACAAGUUGUCUUGUUGACAGUAUUGGUGAAAAGAGGGGAGAAGAAAAAGGAAGAGCUGGAAGGAUGCAGGGGGAGCAUCGCAGAAGGCAGGGUAACAAAAUGGAUAAAGAAGCUAAGACCUGAAGGAACCAUCUCUCCCUUGGCAUUUCAAUACAGACAGCAUCAACAAGACCGCAGGCAUCUCUCCACCAUGUAGCAGAGGAUGAAAAUCCCUGCCCAGGGAUUAGCAGGGAGAGGCAGACACGAGCGUUGGUGUUUCUGAGGUACAUCAUCACUGAGCAACAACGAAGCAUGCAGCGUGUCAGCGUGGAGCUCUGAUAAGCUGCUCCUGGCUACAAGCCGUGACCACAGACAUAACGGUGCAGUUCUGGAUCAGGGAUUGACCCACAUUCCUCCUUGCAGGAUAGCUAGGACAAAUGCUCCUCAGAUAAAUGCGUGGUAGCCAUUAUUCUCUGGGGACAAAGACGUUGUUAUUUAUGCGAGCAUACUGAUGAAAGCCGUGUUCGCUUGCUGCUUCAGUGUCAGAUAGGAGGGAAAAGGGUAUGACAAGUGAGUUGAAACCUUUUCCAGGCAUUGGGCAGCACAUUGAGACAGUUGCCAUUGAGUAUUUUAAAUCUGUUGAGAAGUGAUCAAGAGCCCUAUUUGGCUCGCGUAGCUCUGUCUUCACAUCCAAGCAGGAGCUUGGGAAAUGAAUGUUAAUGUGGUAUUCAUUCCCUGCACGGGGUCUUCACAGACAUUUGUGACCAGCAGGCACUGUUUCACAGCUGCAGCAGUGAAUGCAUGCAGAAAAAGGUGAAAGAAUGCUUCUUUGAGUCACGUGAGGAGUUGCCAGGCAAGCGAGGAGCAAUCUUGAAUCCUGAAACCAAGUUCAUUUUUAACUAUCACCUCCCUAAAACCACUAACAUCUGCACGUUUGUAAGUACAUUUGAGUAUUGAUACACAGCAGUGUUAGUGCAGGGUAAUACCUUCUCUUUUUUGGAGGAAUGGAAGAAGUGUAGACGUACGAGAGCUCUCUUCCUUCUACGAUGUUUCUUUGAUGGAAAAGGGAAAAGGAAAUCUCUUUCAUUCAAGAGUUCAUGGUACGGUUCCCUAUCAGAUCCUGUCUCAGUGUCAGCAGUUACAUCAUCCUCACCAGCAAUGAAAUCUCAUUGGGUUUAACCACUGAUGUCGGUGCCAGCAGGAGGUGAGGACUGCGGACAUUUCAGCAGACCAAGUGCUCUUGAAGUCCUGCUCAAGAAAUAUUUGUACUUGUCUUUCCCAAGGCCACAGAUGCUGUUUGCCUGCCGACAGGAACCAGAAUGAGGAAAUGAAUCUGGAGCCAAGCCUGUUGUAAUGCAAAGUUAACAGUGUGGGUUAAAGCCACAGAAACCAAGAAAGUUGGUAUUGGAUUAAAUUCAGAUCCUUAGAAUGACUUUCACUUGAUCCUUCUGAUAACAGAGAAAGUAAUACCCUUCUGCAAGGAUGUAAGUUAGCAGCUGAAGCUAAACCGCGUAUGGCAUGUUGGUGUGACUGAAGUUAAUUGCAGCUACAGGCUGCAGAAAGAAAUCGCCAAGGGAAAACUCUGUAUGAAGCUGUUUCCACAUGCCUGAAUCCCCCUGGAUUACAUUCCCACAGAAAGAAUUGUGCUUAGCCAGAAAAGAACACUGCAAGAGUUAACUGGAUUGGGCUGUAGCUUAAGGACCAGAAGGAAUGCUACCAAAUGGACAGGCCAGGGCCUUCACUGAUGUGCACGAAUGCAAUUUCCUAAGCUUACAAUGGCCUGUGGGCUCAUGAUGGAGAUGAUACCUCCUUAGCAGUGUAGGGGUUUGGUCUGGUCCUCUUAAGAUGAUCAUGUUCAGUAAAGCAGCAGUAAAGGAACAUGUUUAAAACCCCUUGUCUGUAACUAGAGUCAUUUUUCAUGCUCACGGUAUUCUCAUGCCGGGGUGCCCUCAAACACAUUGUCUUUCCUAGAUAGUGUUGAUGCGGAAGCAAAGCUUCCUCAUUUUUUAAUUGGUUUUCCUUCUCCAUAUCCCUCCUGCAGAGUCUGCUGCGGUCCUUGGGAGUCUGCCCAGACCCCAGUAGGUCCAGGCUCCUACAGUACACAGAUCAGAGAUAUUAGAGUCCCAUGUGAGGACAUAGGCUGUCUCACACCUUGUUACGAGGGGAUGAAGAUGUAUCUUAAACUUUGGAGGAGGGAGUGCUUAAUUAAGACAAUACCUUCAUGAUGUUUUACAGUUAAGUCAAAUAACUAUUGCCAAGCUGGCCCAGCCCUGGCUGCCUCCCUGCGCUACCCCACGGUAUGUCUCUGCCCCUCUGGUGACAUUAUUUCCCUAAAGACCAAUGGAGGAAUGUGUUGGCCAUCCAUGAAUAUUCCAGUCUUUUGCGAAUAUAAUCUUAUUUAGACUUUCUCUGUUGCUAUCCUGGCUACUCUUUCAUAAGGUCAUCCACAUGCUGUAGGCGAUGGAGACCACUUGUAGCACUACAAAUAGCUGAGUGUACCUCUGCUAAAGGGAGAUGAGCCUCUUCUGUCUGACUAGCUUCAUGGUUAUAGCAAAUUGAGACUGACGCACCCACAGCUUGUGAGGGUGAGGAUUUUGAUUAGAUUCUGAUUAAUCCCUCUACAUUCAGGGACAGCAGGACCACCCUAGGACAUGAGGAGUCUCCUUCUGCAGCAGAGGUAUGCAAUCUGCCUUACUAUCCUUAAAGGUGCCUUGUCCUGGUUCCCUUCGGGACAAAUUCCAAGUUGCUAUUUGGCUUUGGAAUACAACUAUGCACCAAAGGUGAGAGAAUCCAUUAUCCCUGGAGACAGGAGAGAGAACAUGAUGUCCUGGUGUGGGACAGGGAAAGUGAGUUUCUUUUCUUUAUCCCAUAAGCUCUCUGUCAGCCAUCCUGCCUCUGAUGUGUGUAUGCGUGUGCGUGCUUUUAUUUCUACAUGAACACAAAUUGCUCUAAUUAGGAGGGGGGAUUCUUGUAUUUUUAUAUGCUAAGCCAUUUUGAUUAAUUACUUUAAUAAAAUGACAGACAGAUGAACUCUGGAAUUCACUGCCAUCUGCUCCAGUACAAUUCACUAUCACUGAUACGAAGGUGUUGGCCUUCAGAUAAACCCUAGUGCUUAGAGUAACCACUCCAUUGAAUAAGUACUUGUGCCAUGUGGAUGUAUUGAUCCUUGUGAACAUCUGCAACUAUUCCUCUGUAAAAGCUAUGGGUUUGAUCCAUGUGGCUCUGUAUCAGCCUUUUUAUUAUCUACCAAGAACAGAUGUAUGUGCAUAUAUGCAAGAACAAACCAUAUUGCUGUGUCUGGGGGUGUGUGACCCUGGGGUAGAUAUUACAGAUGUUUAUUGUCUAGCGUACCCUUUGGUGUAAAACCUCUCCCUGCCUGUCCAGGAAGAAAGCAGUCCUGUGGCUCAGGUUGAGAUGGUUUGUUGUAUUAGAAGGGUGACACAAUAGGAUGCUCUCUUUUUUCCCUUCUCUCAUGGAAAUGUAUAUUUGUUCUUUCUUUGUGUAGCUUCUCAACCUGAAAUAAAAAUCACUCCGAAUAGAA